AAUAGCAGCUGUUUAAAAGCGCCUCGCCAGUCUCCCGUCCGCCGUGCAGCACCCAGUACCUCCCGGCACCGCAGUCCCCGCUCAUCGACACACGGUCACUCACACACACACACACACACACACACACUUCCCUCUUAUUAAAAGCACCUCGCAUCCCCCGCAAUGUCGGCCGCCAGCACCGAGACCAGCGCCCCGCUGCCCACCGCCGGCAGCCGCGUCUUCUUCCAAGGUGCGACCGGCGUGGGCUGCGCGGGGGCCGGCCCCAUCGCCGGCGACGACCCGGUGCAGAAGAGACAGGGCAAAGUGACCGUCAAGUACGACCGGAAGGAGCUGCGGAAGAGACUCGUGCUGGAGGAGUGGAUCAUCGAGCAGCUCAGCGAGUUGUACGACUGCGAGGAGGAGGAGAUGCCUGAGGUGGAGAUAGAUAUAGAUGACCUGUUGGAGGUCACGAGUGACGACGAGAGAGCCAGCAAACUGCAGGAAUCAUUAACAGACUGCUACAAACCAACAGAGGACUUUGUCCGUGACUUGCUGGCCAGGAUAAGGGGAAUGAGAAAGCUCAGCGCGCCAACCAAGAAGGGCCUAUAAUGGCUGCCGUGUCAGCCAUCAAUCAAACAUACGCCACAUCGUCUCAGCUCCGCCUGCUUAACCCCACUCCACAUGGACUGUCGUCAUCACACACACACACACACACACACACACACACACGCAAUCGAAUCACAAGUAACCGCACCCAUGCAUAUAGCACUAGGUUUAUUAUAAUAUUUGACUUUUGAAAGGUACGUUAGCGAAACAGAGCCGACAUAGUGUACAGUAGUCGCAUACAGCCACGCGAAAAAAUGUCAAACGCUGCAAUGUGCCAGAACUGCAACUGUGCUUUAACAUGAACACCACCUAUAAUUCCACAUUUCAGAGCCAUGUUGAAACGUUUCAGGCCGGCGCUGUAACUCAAACAGCCAUACAGACUAAGACACUGAUAAAUCUCCAAAAGGGGCGUGGUAGAGAAAAAAAAAAUGUUUGUACCGACGUAGGUGUGAAAUUAGCUGUAGCACUAUGUAAAGACAGUGCUUUAUUAUUAUGUCUUUUUUACUGAGGUGUUUUGCUGUUACUUUUUUUUUUUUAAAGAAGUACUUUAUUGCCAUUUAUUGUUGACAUGAUUGAAAUGUGGUCUUCGACAGUUUUUUCUUUGUCCUACUUUGAAGUCAACCUCUUUAUCCUUCCUCUGUCAAGUUCUUGCAAAUGUAAGGGAGCGCUGUAGUUUUAUUUUAAGCACAACGCGUUAAUGCAUCAAUUCUGUCUGUUUGGGUAAUUCCUGGAAAGACAUUUUUAGCAAACAGGGCUAAAAAAGAGUUUUGCCUUUUAGCCACUGUUCUAUAACACCUUUCAGCACAGCAAGGCAUGAUGGGUGAUCCAGUUCUCUGUACAACACCUGUAUGAUUGGCAGCCUUUCACUUAUCAUGUUAUGCCAUGUCGUUCAUUGCCAUCAGAAAACAUAUCAGUUGAUUUUAUAGGUUUAAGCACAAAGCCCAAAUAUUUUCAUUGUUUCUCACACCCGGCUUCACUUCGCCCUGCUAACUAGUCUCUCUAAUCGUGGUUGAUGUUGCCUUUAAGGACAUUCAGGAGCAGUUCACCUUUUACUCAGCACUGAACCUUAACUACUGACCACCUAAAGGCAAACAAUAUGGUUGAGUCAGAACCUGAAGACAACUUGAAUCUUUGACUAUUAAACCUGUCUGGUCCUGCAAGGGGAAGGUGUGCCAAACCAGGGGGGAAUUACAUCCUUAAUGUUACACGUCGUGGAGGCAUUAGUGUGGCACGGCAUUUUCACCAAGAUUGUUUGUUACAUUUGUGAGGCAUCCUCCGAGUGGGUGCAGAAUUUUAGGAUGUUUCGUCCAAAUUGCAGAUAAAAUGUUGUAAUCACAAGAUCCCAAGAGGUGAACUUAGUUUGUUAGUGUUGUUAAUGACCUUCUGUGCACCAACACACUCAAAAAAAACAAACCCUGUAAGCUCUGGUACAAUCGUGACUCUGUGAUGGGGUUGGGCCCAGUUUCAUUUCCGAGCAGUCGAUCGUGAACUGGAAUGGAGCGGAGCUAAACCUGCCAUGAGAUAUAUAUAUAUCGAUAUAUACAGUAUAUACCCUCAGCUGCCAAAGACAAAAGCAGGGCAAUGUUUGAUUUUAACAAAACACUUGCAAAGCACCCGUCUUGCAUGCCAACAACAGAGAAAACAUUAAUAAAGAGUAUAUAUAUUAUGAACUUAUAAUCAAGCAAAAAAUACUUUUUCUGACUUAGCUACCAUAUAUGACUUUGUAGAACUUUUUGUGUUGAAACAGCGUGACAGUCACGUUGGAGAGAAUCCAGGAAAUUUUAAAUAAUGGUGCUGUUUUUGAUGUUCUUCCCAGGUUUUGGUUGUAUAGAAAAAAAAGGUGUUUUCACUGUGGAAUGAUGCCAGAGAAAUGUCUGUCUUUAUUGAUGGAGUGCAUUCAGUUGAAGAGUGGCAUCGUCUUUGUUAUUCCUCUCCUCAGUCUACACCGGGCUGGGUCGGUGUCACCACACUAGCAAUGGUGGAUUUGUUUAAAAGCAUCACGAGUUUUCUGGCUCAGUGAAUAGGGAGGAAAAAGUCCAAGAGGAAGCCAUUGCAGGCAGCUGAGAUGCACCCGGGCUUCAUGUCGAGGUACUCCAUAGGAUUUUCUCUGUCAAGAAACGGUUCAGUUCCGAAAGCCUGAUCUUAUAUAAUUUAUGGGAUUUCAUGUAUUUUGGAAGAGUCCUUAUAGAAAGCUUUACAUUUGCAUGUAUUUUUUAAGUAGCAUGUUGAAGGGAACGUUUUGUUGGCCCAAAGGUUUUUAUUUCACAAUAUAAAACAUUGUCCUUUUUAUACCUUUAUUAUUACUAUUAUUAUCAUUUUAAUUAUUCAGACUGAAAUAUUCAGUUAUUCUUUUGGUUUUCUGUACAUCCACAAUAAGCGUUCUUGUUUUUAAAAUGUAAUGUGACGUGUGGUUUGUUUUUGCCAAUAAUAAAAAUUGCAGAAUGACUCUGUACUGUUUAAACGGA